AUGGGUUUCCUCCCGCGUUUCGAGCGGAGCGUCCCGUACGUGGCGUUCGACGUGGACGCCACGUUUGGCGGGCCGUUCCGCUCCGUGUGCAGCCGUAAUGCAGAGACCUUCAUGGACGCCUGCGGAUCGGGCCAAGUCGCAUUUUUCUGCACAGGUAGGGGAAGGGAAGAUUCCGUAAGAAUGCUAUAUGAUGUUUAUGAGGGGCUUCCUAUCUAUCACGGGUUCCCUGGGGUCUACCACAGCGGCGCCGUUGUUCUCGACAAGCAGGGGAGAUUGAUACACGGGACGUACUUUAGCAGGAGUGCGCUGCUGCGAAUCAUCGAGGCCAUAGUUUAUACAAGUCACGAGGCAUAUACUGUAUUCUGCUCAUUCGACAAUUGGCUCAUUCUGGGCGCAGAGACCUCGUUACUCGGUGCUGCCAUGGCUGAGAACGGCGUGCAGGCAGAGCUUCGUAUCUGCACGAGGGAGCAAAUAGUGGACAGUGAGAUCUCGCAGGUACUUGUUUACCAUUAUGGAGAGGUUGUGCGUGUGCUGGGAGCUUUAGACAACGUCCUGUACAAUCUUCGUAGGGAUCCGAGAGGAGGCAUGCAGCUGACUCCCAUGGGAGUAAGCCCCGCAAUGGGUAUAUGGAGACUUCUCAGAUAUUAUAACGUUUCCCACGACAUAUGUGCCUAUGUUGGCCACUCCUGCGAUAUUGCGGAUAUGCCAUCGCUAAACCGCGGACGUGAUGCCAUUCAUGGAAGCCAGAAUGAACUUGAAAACAUAGAAAGGGCGCAAAUAGUAUCCAUGCGUUCUCCAGGUCCCGGCAGCACUGACUUGAGCGUAGGUUCGAGCGCCUAG